CCAGGGGUCAACACAUCCUGCACGAGCAGAAAUGAGAAAACCCUUCUGGAACCUGAACCAUUGGAUGAAAUAGCGUGGAUUGCACGGACAUCAUCCAAGAAAAGGGCGUUUAAUUUCUUUGGAGGACGCGUUUCAUACUGUGACAACAAAAGGGAUCCUGGGCUCUCCAGGUUAUAAGACGCGCACACACAUUCUGCGCUCUCAUAGGACUGAAGGGACGCGCAAAGUUCUCUCUAGUGGACCUUACAUUUAUUUGCUUUUUUGAUUGAAUCAGAGUUUGCUUUUAUUAUUCUAAAUAAUUAUUGCGCGCAUUGCAUUGGAAAUACGAACAUCGGACAAGCUCCUUUAUGCACUCGUUUGGAUUUGGAAACGUUACGCAUCGAAAAAUAAUGUCAACGAGGAUUUUUGUAACAUGUGCGUUUUCCAGAAUCGUUCCUCAAAGAGUACAUUCAGAUUCCCAUGCAUCGUGGAUAAAAUGCUGUGCGUUUUUAUGGUGGAAAUGAGGUAUUUCCAAUUAAUGUCACUUGAUAUCUUACUUUCACGUCAUUAACUAUUAAUGCAGCAUUAUCAUGCAUGCAUGUGAAAUGAUGUACUUUAAUUUUUUGGUAGGAAUGUUGUUAUAAAUGUAUAGUAAUUUAAAUUUUUAAAUUGGCUCAUAACAUGGACCCCUGGGAGACACAAAAGAAAAAAUGAUUGACUCCAAGCACCUAAAAUGGAGUGGAUUUUUGCAAAGGAUUGUUUGUUUUAAUUUUUUUUUUUAACUCGUUACAAUCAAACAAAGGAAUUUAAAUCCAGUGGAAAUUAAAAAUGAACUCUAAUUAUAAUAGCACUGGAUUCCAUAUGAAAGGGACAUCAGUGGCUGUGGAGCCGAUGAUGGGCCCCCUAAAUGAAUCCCCCAUGCAGGGACUCAACUUCAUCUCAAAUAGAGACCAGUAUGGAUUCCAGACUCAUGGCCAUGGGGAUAUGCUCGGUAUGGGAGUUCAGCCGCAGCAUCAACUCCACAUGCAAGGACCGUUCAACCAUCAACCGCCUAACCACGAGCAGCAUUCACAUCUGUACCAGGACAAUGUGCCCUCCUGCCUGCAUGGGGACAGACACAUGGGCUUUAACGGCACCAAUGCAGGUCACCCGCACAUGUUUGAAACAGGAUUUGGUCAGCAGCUCGCAGAGGCGCAGCCGCAGCAACAGAGAAUGGCCACAAUGCCUGAUUUUCAACCUCACGGACACCCUAAUGGUAACCACGCAGUUCCAGCACCAUGUUUGCCUCUAGAUCAGUCGCCUAACCGUGCCGCAUCGUUCCACGGCCUGCCCUCCUCCUCACCUGAAACUCACAGACUUGAACAUUACAGACUUUUCCCUCAGGGUAGGAUGGGUGGAUCAGAGCAUUGUUUUCCCUGUGAUCCUCUAUCAGGGAAUUUUGAUAUGAUGGGAUUCUCUACUGUGGACUCCUCAGAGCCCAAGCUCUCCUAUUGUGACACAGGGAACCAAGUUGGCGGGGGCCCUUUUUCCACUUGCAAUCGAAAUGGUUCCCGAGGGCCCAUGAUGGGUGGCUCAAAAGUUGACCAACAGCUACCUCAGCAAAAUGUGUUUUCAGACAGAUUUGGAAAUAGGGGGAAAAUGGAUCCAGGGGUUAACGCUAGACACCACCUCAUGGUGCAGCAAAGAGCUGGACCUGUUGAUAGACAGAACCCUGGUUCCCCUGCCCUUCCUCGGUUUUAUCACACUCCGGACUAUGUACCGAACAAUACGGACAUUCAAGGUAGUGGCCCAAUGGCCCACGUUCAGCAUAGUCAUUUGGAACGCCCCAUACAUAGACUGAACAGCCACAACAUGCAUUCUUUUGGGGAACCAGUAUUUGAUGUCCCUCAUUUAGCGCCUCAGGCCCCUCAUCACCCUCACCUUAGCUCACUGCCUUAUUUGAAUAUGGCAAAAAGGCCACGGUUUGAUCUCCCAAAUGGCUCUGCUGGAGAGAGCUGCAGCCCCCUUAGCAACAGUUUACAUAAUCGUCCCAGUCUUGAGAAUCAUCUCUCCCCCUCCGCUUUCCCCUCUCCCAUGGGGGACUUCACAUCUCAUGUGAUGGAUGGGUUUCCAUCAGGCCCCCUACCUCUGAGCUCCGGCCCACAGCAACAACAACAGCCGCUACAGCGGCGGCAAAAUGCUGCGAUGAUGAUCAAACAAAUGGCAUCCAGGAGCCAGCAGCAAAGAUUGAGGCAACCCGACCUGCAGCAGUUAAGCCUCCACGGGGAUGUUACAUCAAACGGUAUGGGUUGCAGAGGGCCUCUGGGUAGUGUGUCUCAGUCAAAUUUUGAGAAAAAGAAUAAUUUUCAUGGAAACUUUGACAGUCCCCAUCUACCUCAAGAAAACUCAUGGUUUCCAGAGCCACAGCAGCACUUUAGGGAAACAAACACUAAUGCCUUAGAGCAGACAGAAAACGGACAUAAUAUUAUUUUUAGACAAGGCGUCACAGGCAUGGACAUGCAGUCUUUGAAUUCUCCAGGAGCUCAUCAUCCUUUUGAAAAUAAUGUCAGCAAUUCUCUGCAGAUGCAGUCUCCUGAUGAGGGAAACAUGCAGUCGGGCGCACCCAUGGAUAGAAGGCCGGCUGAAUUUGGUGGAAUUGCUAUGAGGAGGCAGCAUAGUUUCCCUCCUGGAGGGCAGAAUCAGCAGGGGGGCCCCCAAAGCAAUCCUCCAGGAUUCAGCGGCUCUCCAGGGAACUAUCCCCCCCAUCCUGAGUACCUCUCCAGCCAGCACCUGUCAGUCAAUAAGCUUGGGGCCCUCUCUUUGGGGAAUUUGAACAAAGCCAGUACAAAAGACAGUGUGUUUGGCCAAAGCUGUCUUGCAGCUCUUUCCACGGCCUGCCAAAAUAUGAUCGCCAGCCUUGGGGCCCCGAACCUCAAUGUGACUUUUAAUAAGAAAAGUCCAAAUGAGGCCAAACGCAAAGCAGGUCAGGUUGAGCAGGACAUAAAUAGCAGUGGCACUAGCGGAGCUUGCGGCCCAGGGGCAGAGUAUUUCCAGAGCAAUGCUUCUCAGAAUAGUCAAACGCCUUGCUCUGGGAAUAACAACAAUACAACUUCAGGUCAAAGUGGUAUUGGCCAGAUGGCGAAAAGGGAAGCGAGCACCCUUUCCCCAAACAACAAUAUGGAGUCUGGAUGUGAGGGGAAAAUGGCAACAGGCAACAGCAAAGGAAGGGGGAAGAAGAGACGCGAUAGCGGGCACAUAAGUCCCGGAAACUUCUCCCCCUCUUGUAACCCUGUUGUCAGUCCAAGUCAGCAAAGUUCCACUUUGAGCAUGGGCAUGGAGAGCAGAGGUAAAACUCCAGAGAGGUCCCUGGUCUCCCCUUCCUUCGGAAAACCUGACCUUGCGACCUCGAUGGACAGCGGAAUUCAAAGUGUGGGCAAAUCGGAUGGCGUUUCACCAUGCAUGGAUUAUUUAGAAGAAGCCAGCCCUAACUACAACAACGAGGACGCACGGCCUUGCCGAGCUGGUAUGAAGUGUAAUUCUGAAAACAGGGCUGGUUAUGGUGAUGCUCCGUGCAUGGACCAGGUGCGAACACCAUUGAGCAGCACAGGCCAGGAUGAGGUCCAUCCUCUGGAGAUUUUGCAGGCUCAGAUCCAGCUGCAAAGACAGCAGUUCAGUAUCUCUGAGGACCAGCCACUGGGAGGGAAAACAGGCAAAAAUGCCGACUGCCAAAGUGGACUAAACGGGGAAUGCGCCCUGGCCAAUUCAACCCCGGUUGCAGGGAAGGGCUCUGUGAAUACCAUUGACCUUGACUCUCUCAUGACAGAGCAGCAUGCCACCUGGUAUGUCCCUGGAAACAAGGCUCUGAUAGAGGACCCUGUUAAUGACAAGUGCCUGGGAUUCUGGGAUCGAGCACGAGGCCAAAGUGACAACAAAGAAGGACAUGGGUAGGAGAGCUCCUCAGACGGCCAUCUGUGGCUCCUUAGUGUAUCACUAAAAAGGUGCUGCAUGAUCUCGCUGUGGGGGUGUGUUUUGGUCCUGAAGGAAGCCAAACGCGGUGCCCGGAUCCUCAGGAUACGGGGUGGGGUGGGGGGGAUGGAGGGGCCCCAUUGCUUCUCUCGCUUCCAGAUGUGACUCUAAAGUCAUCCAGAACAACUCUAAACCACUUUGAGACCUUGCUGGCUGCUUUCUGAAACUGUAAGGAUGAUGGUUGGCUUGGUGUUUUCCACCAGUAAUUGGAUACUCUUCUUUGUCUAGCACCAGAGAAACCACAAAGCUCUCUGGGUGUCCAACAAAAUCUCUUUGGAUUCACAGGAGAAGACACACAAUGGAAUACAGGAAAUGCACAAGCACACCAAACUGGAAUUUUGGACAGCUAGGCUCAAUUGCUUUUAUUUUUAUCUUCUAAAGCUGGGUUUUCCAUUUUUGCUUGGAUUACCUCAUUUUUUUAAGACUUCCGAUUGAGGGUUAGUUUAGUUAACAAGAUUGUGCUGCUCUCUCUAUAAAUAUUUAUUAUCUUUGUUUGUUCUACGAAGCUCCUUUAUUUGUGUCAGAACAUUUCAGGAGUCUUCUAUUGAUGGAUAAAUGCGACCCUCCCUCCCCCCACCCCAAUCAUCGUUUAAAGGGAUAGUUCGCCCAAAAUAGAAAAUUCAGCCAUUGUUUACUCAUUCUCAUGUACUUGUAUGCUGUUUUUUUUUUUUCUUCUUCUUUUUUUUCUGUGGAACAGAAAAGGACAAUUUUUAAAGAAUCUUUAUGCAGCUCUGGCCAUUCGAUGACAGUUCAUGGGUGAUUAUCACCAAACAUGUCAAGAAAAUGUACUGGUCUUAUUUUACUUAAAAACCAAAAGAAACAAAUAAGAAAUUAGAUUUUGCAUAAAGAAAAUGAAGACUACUUUUAGGGCCAUCAUUUUUACAUUGUGACAUUAUUUUCCCCCUCAAUUCUCACCGCAAAUUAAAAUAAUUUUUUUUUUAAUACAAAUUCUGAUGUAUGCAUACAUCAUAGUUGUAGUCACUUUGUACUGGCUUUUCAUUUUUGGCUAAUUUCCAUUAAAAAAAAUCUUUGUACAACAGAAUCUUUUUUUUACUGUUACACAGGUACGGUAAUAGAAUCAUCAUUAAAAACAAUGGUAUUAGUAAAAGUAAAAUGUCAAGUGCUCUGAAUAUAAUGUUACAAUGCAAAAAAUCUUAAUGGUUUUAAUAUUGGCUUUGAUUUCUUUAUGCAAAAUAAUUGCAUAAUCCUCUUUUUUUGUACUGAGGUUUGAGGUUAAAAAUGGCCAGGACAUUUUCUUUGCAGGUUUCACGAGAACCGCCCUCAUAAAAACAAAAACGCCAAAAAAGCGCCAUAAACAUAUAGUCUGCAUGACUUAAUUACUAUUAAUCGGUGGCUUCUGAAAUCAUGCAGUAGCUUUGUGUGAGAAACAGGCUAAAAUGAAAGUCGAAAUACAUGGAUUAUAUUCACCACCGCAAAUUUACUAGUUCGGUUACUACACAUGUGAGAAUAUCAGCGAAUACUGACUUAAAUAUCUGUCUGUUUCUCAAACAAAGCUAGCGUAUAUCUUCAGGAGACUUGGAAUAUAGUGCACAAGUCACAUGAGCUAUUUUUCUGGUGCUUUAACAUGUGAUUAUUUUGUUUUCUUUUUGGAAAUUUUUACGACAAAAUUUUUUACGAAAUUCUUUUUUUUCCCGCUUUUCUGUUCCGUGGGAAAACAUGGGGCAUACGGGUUUGGAGCGGCAUAAGGGUGAGUAAAUAAAGACAGAACUUUUGUUUUUAUAAAACGUUCCUUUAAUACACUUUUUUGGUUGCGUCAUUGCCAUUUUUGUUCUUUUCUCUCUUGUUAUCGUAAUCAAAUUGGACGAGAGAAAUCCGACAGUGUGCCGUUGUCCAAUAAGUCUGAAUUCUUUCACAUGAGAGUGGAACCAGCGUGUUAUAAAGCUUCCCAUUCUCUCCGAGGUCUUCAGCACCAAGCUCUCCAUGUCUGUGGUGGGUCAACCUUUUGACUUUGAAAGGCCAGUGGGGGGUUCUCUCCUCUCCCUACUGUUUUUGGAAAUUUGAUAUUCACCCUGAGAACAUCCCAUUGUGACCCGCCUGGCCAGCAUCGGAAUGCCAUUGUUUCAAGUCGAAACUCUCCUCUGCUUGGGUUUUCCCUCUUUACCAAGCCUCCAUUGAAAUAUUGAGCUUCCCUCUGCCUUUAAACCAACUGACGGUGAAUAUGUUUAGUCGGAAUUGGCAGGCCAUUCAAGCAAGGACAAUGCUUGCAGACAAAAGACUUUCCUUUUAAGAAACUAGGUUUUCUUCUAGAGAAAAAAAAGGGUCUUUAACCAAUCUUUUGGUCUUCGACACCUCUGUUGUUUUCAUGUUCUACCUCUUUUUCUCCGUUUUUCUCUCAUUAUUGUGAUAUACACGAUGCUUAAAGUGACAUUAUUUGUGCCCGCAGAGUUUUUUGUAAAUAACCUGUAUAUUAUGAAUCAGUUAUUAACAAUAAAUAUGUUGUAAAUUA